AUGUCUUCUUUAACUGAGGAUGAAAUGAAUUAUAUAUUAGGAAAUACUACUUCAUAUCAAAUAUAUAAAAAAUUUGAUGCGGAAAAUGAUCUCGAUGAAUAUUAUAUCCAUUGUAAAGAAUUCAUAUCAUCAUAUAAAACAAAAAAUGAAAAAGAUGAAAAAACUUGUAAAAAAAUUGCAAAAAAUUUAAAAGAACUCUCAGAAUUAGCUAGUCCAAUAAAAUAUCGUGAUAAGUGCUUACAUUACAAAUAUUGGAUAUAUGAUCAAAUAUGGAAAGAAACUAAUAUAGAGGGUAACAACGUCGGUCCUGUUAUUAAUAAAUUUCUUAAUAUACAAAAUAGUGUUACUCAAAGUUUAAAACUAUAUUACUGUCUUUAUAAUUUUUAUAGUAGAGAUUUAACGGAAUUAAAAGGGUUCCACGAAGAAAAAUAUCUAUAUGAAUAUUUUAAAUACUACAAUACUCUAAAAAACAAAUUUAGUACUUCAAAUGCUAACGAAGAAAAAUAUAAUAAAUACCUUAAAUAUAUUAGUGAUAUAUAUAUAAAGCAUAAAAAUGAUUUAUGCUGUGAUUAUUAUGGCAUGAUUGGACAUUGUUAUCAUUACUUUAAAUGUGAAGAGUAUUAUAAUCCGAAUAACCUUUUAUGUAAACUAAAUAUAAAUAAGGAUUUAUCUGUUUGUAAUUUAGAAAAUAAAGGUCUAUCCGGUAGUGAUAUAAAAAAGAAUGGUCUUGAAGAUUCAAACUCAGAUAAAGGAAUAAAACCUCAAUAUUUCAGUUGUAAAGAAAUAAAAAGUUCAGAUGGAAUACCUUUCUUAUCAUGUUUUGUUUUACGAACAGGAUCAAAAAAUUCUAAUAAAGCAACACAAAUUGUAACUGCAGAACCUGCAAACACAUCCAAGGGUUAUAUAUCAAAUGCUAUCAAAAGCAUUCAAAAUAGUGAAUGUAAAGUAAUAUCUGAUAACAUUCACGCUACUUCCUAUAAGUGUGAAACUAAAAAAGAUCUUCAAUUAUCGAAAAAUGGCGUUGGUGUUGAAAUAAAUAAAGAAGAAUCUGUUAAGGAUUAUGAUAAAUUAGAUGAUGAUGAGGAGGAAACUUCCACUAAAGAAACACAAAACGAUUUCAGAUGGAGGAUCGAUGAAACUAUUAUGCGGUGUCCAGCUCAUCCUUCAGAUAAGCUAGGAAAGCAGUUGUGCGGACAUAUAUUAGAAUUACGCAAACAAGGAAAAAUUGAGAAACCGCCACCUCUGAAGAUUUCACAAAUCCAUGGUGUAGGAUCAGUAUCGGACAACAAUUUAUUAAGAGAACGAGAAGAACAAAUCAGGAGAGAAAAAAACCUUGUGUUUCUUCUGGAGGGGUAA